GCUGGGGCAGUGCGGGUGAGCCGAGCCCCAGGGCACAUUCUGCACAGCUCCUGCUGCCGGAGGAGCUGGAAGGGCGACACAGGUGGCCGGGAGCCACACACCUGCCAGGACGCUGGGUCCUGCCCUGGAGUGCACUGAGCUGUGUGUAUGCCGGGAGGGGGAAAAGAGGGGCAGGGGGUGGGUAAAAUGGACUGGUUGUUUAGGAAUAUGUGUGUGCUCAAACCUGUGUGAGCACUGGUGGAGGGCAGGGCUGCUGGGAGCCCGUCUUCGGUCCUUGUCGGAUCCGGGAUGAGGCACCAGCCGUGCCCCCUCUUUUGACUGCGGAAUCCGCUUUUGGUUGUCGGGACCAGGACAAAGUGCUCUUCUCCAACACACCUGCCCUCACCGCUGCUGCUGGGUCCUGCCUGCUUCCCUGCGCCGGCCGGGAGCUCCUGCACCGGGCUGAUGGGUGGGGGGAUGCUCGGGGGGUACCGCGGGGGACCCCGCCCGGGAGCGGUGGGGUGGUCGGGGCCGGGAUUGGCCGGGGUGGUCUGGGGCUGGGUGGGGACCGUGCCUGUAAAAACGAAAGUUGGCGGCUCGGCGGACAAACUCAACUUGUCCGGGCGGGAGUCGGCGGGGCGGCAGGACGAGCGGGCGCUGCAGGUGGUGGUGCCCGUACCCGUGCCCGGUCACUCGAGAGAAGAGAGGUGCAGGUCCCUGCAGUCCCUGAUGCAGAGGAAGAGGUGAAGGGAGAAGGUACUGCUGGGCCUCCUUCCACCACUGAAAAAAAGGAGACAGAGGGCAAGUCGCUGAUGGAUGGAGCAAGAGCUCUGCCCAACACCUCCAACACUGCAGGUGGAUCUCUCAGCUCUGCUGAGACAUGGGAGGAGGAAGAGGAGUAUGUCACAGCUUCAGAGGACAAUGCAGAGCCCUCAGCUCAUCGUGGAGCUGGUGACUCUGCUGAAGUGGUUCCUCUGCUGAAGAAGAAAGAGAACAAGAAUAAAGCAAAGAAAUAUACGUCCAUCUCUGGGGGACAGGACACUCUGCCUCCUCAAACCACAGAGUUGCCUGACACAUAUGUUGUUCCUCAGGAAAUCCAACACCCCGGCUGUGAGGGAGCAAACCCAGGUGCUGAUGGAUGCACUGGUGCCAGUGGAGAUGCACCUGAAGGCAACAGGAAUUUGGCACACGUGGAGAAGGAAGCUGGCAGCCCGGAAGCAGAAAGGCUGAGCCUUGCAGAGCAGAGCAGCAUAGCCAGGGCUGCAGUCCCAAGGAACAAGGUGGGGGAUGGAACAGCCAGGGGUAAUGUGGAAUGGGGCAGCGGUGCCCUUGACCAGCUGCCAGCAGCCACAGCAGGUUCCCAGGCCUGGGGCAGCAGCAAGGAGCUGCUGUCAGCAGGGCAGGAAGUGAGUUCCUUUGGGCUGCCUCCUGCCAAAGGAGCCCCCCAAAACAAGCCUGAAACCAAGACCUCCCCUGGGGCUCAGAGCCCGCAGGCUGGGAAGGAGCCCAAGCAGGAAGGGACCAGUUCCACUGUCAAGCAUGCAAACACAAAAGAGAAAAAUCUGACCCCAUGUGCGAAAAUGCCCAACAUGAGUGAGAAGACAAGUUGGAGCCAAGGAGCAGAGGCUGCCAGAAAGGAGGGUGCUGUGGCUGCAGCAGACAGCCCCAAGAACAAAAAUGAACAAAGGAACCAUAAACCUGUGGAAAAGGUUAAAGAAAGUUCUGUGAGCCGCAAUGAGGGUGUUACAGUGCAUUUCCAUGCAAUAUUAUCCAAAGACUUCAAGCUCAACCCCAAUACCCAUAAAGUGUUCAUCAGGGCUCAGGACAUUCCUUCCUAUGCUGACUGGAAGGACAACAUCUGUGAGUUGAACUGCAUCCGGCAUCUGGAAGAACAUGGAUACCUCAUUGAAGGUGCUGUAACUCUCAGCAGAAAAAUCCUGGAUAAAUACAUUCCUUACAAGUACUGGGUGACCUGUGGGAAGGGGGAGUAUGAGUUCAUUUACAAGAAUUCAGUAUCCCAUAAAUCUGUGAAUCGCUGCUUAUUGAUAAACAGUGGACUCCUCCAAAAUGGAGAGUGGCACCAGUACGAUGACAUCGUGUGUGCAAAGCCUUCCACGAAGAAAAACUUGCAGCAGAAAUUUAGUUCUGAUAAAUACAAAGAACUGGUGGAGGGGAAGAAAAUUGCUGCUGAUAUUAUGUUAGAAAGUAUCUUCAGCAUUCUUGGGACCUGGAGUCCUGGCAGUCUGAGGAAUUUCUUCUGUCAGCUGAGGCAGUUCCAUUACGUUGCAGUAGGCCAGCGGGUGUUUGAUGGUGAGGCAAUGGUAUGGAAAGAGCUAAACUUCAGCACAGAGCAGGUGAAUGAUUUGCUGCUAAAAUAUGUGAAGAAAAUAGCUCUCCCUUUCCUUGCACGAGAAGCAGCUCCAGAGGACAGAGUCAUCCAAAGCAAAUUGGCUGUGGGACUCACCAUUCUUGUGGUAGUUGAGAACUGUUCAGUCUCAGUACCUAAAAGUGACCUUGCUGACCUGUGCAGCCUCCUGUGCUUGGAUCAGGUGUCACCACAAGAUGUACAGAAUGAGAUUGAUCAUAUCAAACAGGCUUUUGCAGGACUUUCCAACUUGAAGGUUGACCUGACAGACCUUUGCCAGAGGUGCAUUGAAUGUGACGUAGACCAGUGGGUGUGGGUCCUUCCCCUUCUGCAUUCCUUUGCUGCUCCCCUGCAGCAGGAUCAAGAGCUGGUGGAAGAGGAUGCCUGGGCAGGGCUGGAAGGGCUUCCAUUUGCUGAAACCAGGAGGAAGCGGGAUGUAGGGACCCUGCUGGCACGAAUGAGAGAAAAGAAAUACUUGGUGGAAUUAGAUGGGACUGUGGUUAAGUCCUGGCUCUGUGUGCUGCCCCUGUGGAGCCUGGCUGACUUCAUAAAAGACUUCUGCAAUGACCCACUAGUUAUUCUUCAAGGUGUUUUGUACAGAUUGGAGAAUGUUGGGCUCUCAUGGGAUAGCUCUCAGGUGGUAGUGAGGAUUCUAAACACAGUGCAGCACGCCUUGGGUGAGCCCCCAGCCAGACCUCUGGGGGCUCCUUCUUGGUGGUGCUGCUUGUCCUGCUGCCUCAGGCUGCACGAGAGGCUUUGCAAGGCUGCCAGGACAGUGGAGUUGUUCCUGAUCCCUUCCACUGCUGCCACCCUGAUUGCCGAGGUUGCUCAGCUUCAGCCCCCAGCAGUUUCAGGGGAUGCUGUGGAGGAAGUUCCAAUGGAAGAGUUGCUCAGUGGAGCUCUGAAGGAAACUCGUGCCUGGUUCGGAAAGGUUUUACAUCACAAGUUACUGGAGAAGUACUCAGGCCGCGUGUUCUCUUUCUCCUCUGAACUUGGGGUCUGGGAUACGUUUGUGAAAAUCAGCUUUCCAGAUAAGAACUUCACCCAGAAAUGGAGGAACGCUUUACUUGCAGAUCUGAAGAAAAGAAUCCAGCAGGAGUCUCCAGUGAAACAAAUCUUGGUGUACUGUUCUCAGCACCAGGACAUCACAAAGAUGGACUCCUCCAUCAGCCAGUGCUUCCAGAGCUGUGCCCUAGAGGCUGUACCUGCAGCUUGCCAGAUGCAGAGCAAUCUCCUGGAGCAGAUCUCUGCCUACAACAUGGGCCAGUUCAGCCAGCUCGUGUCUGCUGUCAUGGUGAACUCAUGGCUAGUCAGGGCUGGGCAGUCUGAGGGGGAUUUUGAUACAAUUCUGCACCACCUGCUCACAUGGCCUGACAUCAAACAGAUCUUCAGCUUUAAAGAAACAAACGGAAACCUUCUGGACGAGCUCACAGAUGAAGCAAAGAAUGUCGUGGCCAUAGCAGAAUCUGCACUUAAAAGAGUCACCGACGACAUUCACAGCGGCUGCAUCCUCGUGAAACACCUGGAGGAGGUUUUCCAGCACGAGGAACAGUUCCUCUGCAUUUGGGAGACAAAGCACCAGCAAUGGCCAAGUGAGGAAAAGGAGCGCUUCCAGAGAGCCCUGAAAGGAGUUCUGGCAUUGAGGCACAAAGAAGUCACACAGCUCAGAAGAGAGAAAGAAGAAAUAGGAACCUUCCUGAGAAUGUGCCGGGGGAUGCAGAAGCCUGUGAGAGUGGUUUUAGGUGAGGUGGAAUUUCAAUACUCAGUAGAUCUUCGCUCAAAAAGACUGGAGGAAGUUGUGAUGGUGGGAAAGAUACCCCUGCAGACCUUCUACAGCCUGAGCCCAGAGCUGAAAGAGUUUGUCCAAAAAAUGCACCUUUUUAAGGGCAGCCUUAUCUUCCAGCAGUUCUGGGAGGAAGCAGUAGAGAAGGUAGGAGAGAAGCAUGAGUGUGACUCUUCAGAGGAGAAUGAGGAGGAGAUUGUUCCUGAGCUGGACCUUAAUGAUAUUUUGAACAGCAUGAUCCGCCCUUGCUUUAACAGCUAUGCAAAGCUGUAUGACGAACUCACAUCAGGAAGUCUCACACUUUUUGCAGUUGAUAGAAUUUUCCAGGGAUUCAGAAAUGAUCCUGAAGAUCUCACAGCAGAGCUGAACACCAUCUGUGAGCUUCGGCCUGCAGAGAACAGAGGCUGGGUUGACGAGCGAGUGCGGCAGAUCCAGUGGUACCAUGCAACGAAUUUAAGCUGUGAGGCUGCCAAGAUCAUUGACCGUGUGAAAGAGAGUUUAGACCUCUCUGGUGACUUCAGUAUCCUGGAAAACUUGUUGCAUAUAACAGAAAAGCUUGAAUCCUACAAGACCCAGAAGCUGGAUUCCAUCAGCCAUGAGCUCAUGGACACCAAGAAGCUGCUGCAGGAGAUCACUGUGCCCCGCUGUAGCUGUCUGAGGGAACUUGCCCAGCAGAAGAAAUUUGUCUGCUGGGUCAGAGAAGCACUGAAAGACAUAAAUGAGCUGAAGGUAUUUGUUGACCUGGCCUCUAUCUCAGCGGGGGAGAAUGACAUGGACGUGGACCGUGUGGCCUGUUUCCACGGCGCUGUGCACGGCUACUCCUCCCUGCUCUACGAGCUCCGCCAGGACUCGGGCUUCAAGGACUUCAUGAGCUGCUUGCCAAAGCUGUGGCGAGCCCUGGACAGCGAUGAGACCCUCCCUGAGAAACUGCGUGCCUCAGCUCAGCACCUGGAGUGGCUAAAGACAGUGAAGGAGAGCCAUGGCUCUGUGGAGCUGUCCUCACUGUCCCUGGCAGCUGCCAUCAACAGCAGAGGGGUCUAUGUGCUGAGGGCACCAGCUGAUGGCCAGAAGGUCUCCUUGGACAGUGUCCUGCACUUCACCCUCCCAGCGACCUCAGGGGACACUGAGGCCUCCUGGAAGUACUCGCUGGCAGAGCUCCGUGAGCUGCAGAACAAACUGAUGCUCAUGUCAGCCAAGGGAGAGCAAGGUCUGGAGGUGGAGAGGUUCUCUGAGGUCUUUUCCAAUGUUCAGAGACUUGCCCAGGCCUUUAUAGACCUUCACUCAGCUGGGAACAUGCUUUUCCGCUCCUGGCUUGCCCAGGUGUAUUGUUCACCUCACAGAGAAUCCUGUGUUCUUAUAGACUUCUCCCUGGGCCCCAUCCCAGUGCUGGAAGGGCAAGGGGAUAUGGCAGCUGUGCUCCCAGCCCUCUGCAAGACCAUGGAGAGUUUCCUGGAGAGCUGGAAAAGCUUCAUGAAUGUCAGGCGACGUGAGCAUUUCUAUCUGAACUACUACAGCGCGGAGCAGCUGGUGUACCUGUGCUCGGAGCUGGGCCGUGGCAGCCCCAGCCAGGCUGCCCUUAUGAUGCUCUCCUUCCUCAACCCCCACUGCACUAAGCAGGAUGUCCUCACAGCCCUCAGGAGCCAGGGCCCUCCCAGCUCAGGGAAGGCUGCUUCUGACUUCCAAGUGCUGCUGGAUGGGGAGAGGGACCUGAGCGCCCAGCUGAAGCGCAUCUGGGAGUGCUACAUGAGCAGCAUGGGCUCCUUCCUCCCCGGCUGCCUGGACAUCGACACACUGGGCGUGUGGCUGAAGAACCUGGCCAGCAGUGGCAGGGAAUCUGUCACCAGAGACUUCCCUGACGACCUGCUCUGUGUGGGCCAGCCCAACCUCAUCACCUGCCCUCGCUCUGAGGUGCUCAGCUCUGCCCUGGCCAUUUACAUGAACAGCCCCAAGGAGCCCCUUCCCACCUUCGAUGAGGUGCUGCUGUGCACGCCCCAGACCAGCGCAGAGCAGGUGGGGCUGUUCCUGCGCAGGUGCCUCAUUCCCUGCCAGGGUGGGAACAAGAUUUACACCAUGCUCUACGCAGAUGAGCUGAGCUACGACGUCAGCUGCAGGACAGAGGAGCUGUUUCAGCACCUGCAGUGCUACAACAGCUCCUACAGGCUCAUCAUCCUGUGCAACUGCGAGCGGGAGAACAGCUACCUACCCUCUGCCUUCAGCCACUACAAGGUGCACAUGAUUCCCCAGAGGUCACAGGAAGAUAUCCAGCAGUACCUGCAGCACCACUUCCGAGUGGCUCACCCCUCCAGCUCGGCUGCAGCCGUGUUCAAGGAGCACAUGUGUGUUGGGAUUGUGUCCUCCAAAAGAGCUGGCAUGGGGAAAUCUCUGUAUGUGAAGAGGCUGCAUGAGAGACUGCAAAAAGAUCAGCCUGACUGCACAGAACUUCUGAAAACCGUCAGACUGAUUGAACCAGAAGUGGAUGAAGAUAAAGUGCUAAAAUCUCUCCUGCCUUUUCUGGAGAGAGAACACCAGACAAAGCCCAUGAUAUUCCAUUUUGAUAUCACCUCCUCAGUGCAGCGUGGAAUUCCAGAGUUUCUCUUCAAGCUGUUGGUUUUGCAGUACCUGACAGAUAAUAAUGGCAUUAUGUGGCUACGGCAGAAGUGUCAUUUGUAUAUCAUUGAAAUCCUGGAGGUGUCCCCAGUGCCAAAGACAGCAGCCAGAUCUACGUCAGUGCACCAGAAGUAUCACUUCUUGGAUGUGUUCCCUAAAAUAACGUGCAAGUCUCCCAAAGAAGUGCUAGAAGUGGAGACACUUGAGAACCAUUCUGGGGAUGUGGGAAUGGACGAGGAGGAAUUUUGCAGUGAGGCUUUUCAGAGACCCUUCCAGUAUCUGAAGAGGUUUGACCAGGGCCGUGACCUGGACACGUUCUGGUACAAGGCACUCUCGGUGGAAGGCAGCCAUAAAGAAUGUCUGCAGCUCUUCCUUCUGCACUGCGGGGUCGUGGAUCCCUCCUGGGCAGAGCUCCGCAACUUCACCUGGUUCCUCAACAUUCAGUUGAGAGACUGUGAGGCUUCUGUCUUUUGCAGUCCUGGCUGUGUUGGGGACAUUUUGAAUGGGUUCAAGAACUUUGUGGUUGGCUUUAUGAUUUUAAUGGCGCGGGAUUUUGCGACGCCCUCCCUGAGCAUUUCCGACCAGAGUUCAGGAAGACAAUCCUCCCACCUGGAGAACGUCGCAGAGGAAGAUCUGUUUCCUUUCCACAUCAGGAAGAAGUGGGAGUCAGAGCCUCAUCCCUACCUGUUUUUCAAUGAGGAUCGUGUGUCCAUGACAUUCAUUGGUUUCCACUUCCAUCGGACCAGAAAUCACAUUGAUGCCAUCAAUCCUCUGAAUGGGAAUGUCAUCAAGAAGAACAUCAUGACUGCCCAGCUGUACCAGGGCUUGUUACUGCAGAGGGUUCCCUUCAACGUGCCCUUUGAUCAGCUGACCCGCAAAGAGAAGCUCGAGAGGCUCUGCAUGGUGCUGGGGCUCCCCAGAGUGUUUGACCCCGACAAGACGUACGAGCUCACCACAGACAACGUGCUGAAAAUCUUGGCCAUAGAGAUGCGAUUCCGCUGCAACAUCCCGGUGGUCAUCAUGGGAGAAACAGGCUGUGGGAAAACCAGGCUGGUGAAGUUCCUGUGCCAGUUACGCAGAGGAUCUGUAAAGGUGGAGAACAUGAAACUUGUCAAGGUUCAUGGAGGCACCACUGCAGAAAUGAUCUAUGCCAGGAUCAGAGAAGCAGAAGCCCUGGCUAAAUCCAACAAGGAGCAGCACGGGUUGGACACCAUCCUCUUUUUCGACGAAGCCAACACGACAGAGGCCGUGAGCAGCAUCAAGGAGGUUCUGUGUGACCACACGGUGCAGGGGGAGCCUUUGGCCUCUGGCUCUGGCCUGCAGAUCAUCGCAGCCUGCAAUCCCUACCGGAAGCACACGGACAGAAUGAUUGAACGCCUGGAGCUGGCUGGACUGGGCUACCGGGUGAAGGCUGACAACACCCAGGAGAAGCUGGGAUCCAUCCCACUGAGACAGCUCGUGUACCGGGUGCAUGCGCUCCCGCCCAGCAUGAUCCUGCUGGUGUGGGACUUUGGGCAGCUCAACAACCACAUGGAGAAGAAGUACAUCCAGCAGAUCGUGCAGCGCGUGGCGGAGCAGCUGCCCAUGGCCAAGGACGAGGUGAGGAUGGUCACAGAGGUGCUCUUUGCCUCCCAGCAGUACAUGAGGCAGACGGAUGAUGAGUGCAGCUUUGUCAGCCUGCGGGAUGUGGAGCGCUGCAUGGAGGCGUUCAAGUGGUUUUACAGGCACAGCCAUAUGCUGCUGAGGGAGCUGGAGAAGUGCCUGGCUGAGAGGAAAGCUCCCAAGGGCGGUGGUGACAGAAACGGUGUCAUCUGGUCCUUGGUGCUGGCGGUUGGGGUCUGCUACCACGCGUCCCUGGAAAGGAAGGAGCCAUACAGGACUGCCAUCAGCCAGGUCCUCCCAAAGCCUUACAAUACCCAGAAAAAGAUUUUGGAAGAAAUCUCCCUGAUACAGGACUUAUUCCUGAGUGGGGUGCCACUCCGGGAUACCAUAGCAAGGAACUUGGCCUUGAAGGAAAAUGUCUUCAUGAUGGUCAUCUGUAUUGAGCUGAAAAUCCCUCUUUUUCUGGUUGGGAAGCCUGGGAGCUCCAAAUCCCUGGCAAAAACCAUCGUGGCUGAUGCUAUGCAGGGCCAAGCAGCUCAUUCUGAUCUGUUCAAGGACCUGAAGCAGAUCCAUCUUGUGUCUUUUCAGUGCAGCCCUCUCUCCACUCCAGAGGGAAUCAUAGGCACUUUCAAGCACUGUGCUCGAUUCCAGGAAGGGAAGAACUUGGAGGAGUAUGUAUCAGUGGUGGUUUUGGAUGAGAUUGGGCUGGCAGAAGACUCUCCCAAAAUGCCCUUGAAGACUUUGCAUCCACUUUUGGAGGAUGGCUGCGUAGAUGAUGUCCCUGAUCCUCACAAAAAGGUUGGUUUCAUCGGGAUUUCCAACUGGGCUUUGGACCCUGCUAAGAUGAAUCGAGGCAUCUUUGUGUCUCGUGGAGACCCCAGCAGAGAGGAGCUCAUCGAGAGCGCGAAGGGCAUUUGCUGCUCGGCACGAGGGGCUCUGCAGAAGGUCGAACAGUAUUUCCAUCACUUUGCAGAUGCAUAUGAAAACAUUUGCAAGGCCCAAGACAGGGAGUUCUUUGGCCUGCGUGACUACUACAGCCUCAUAAAGAUGUUUUUUGCCUUAGCUAAGAGCUCCAGAAAGGACCCCACACCUCAGGACAUUGCCACAGUGGUUCUUCGUAACUUUGGUGGCAAAGAUGAUGUCGAUGCCUUGGAAAUAUUCACUUCCAAGUUGCCAGAAAAAGGGGAGAUACAGGCUUGUGAUAUCAGUAGGAUAGAGCUGAUCCGACAGAACAUUUACAGCAGUGCUGAGGAUGGGGACUGCAGGUACCUGCUUGUGUUGACUGAGAACUAUGCGGCGCUGCAGAUCCUCCAGCAGACUUUUUUCACUGCCCGACAGCAGCCAGAAAUCAUCUUUGGCUCCAGUUUUCCUAAGGACCAAGAAUACACCCAGAUAUGCAGGAACAUCAACCGGGUGAAGGUCUGCAUGGAAACUGGCCAGAUGGUUGUGCUUCUCAACUUGCAGAACCUCUACGAGAGCCUCUACGAUGCCCUCAACCAGUACUACGUGUACCUGGCUGGGCAGAAGUACGUGGAUUUGGGGCUGGGCACACACCGGGUGAAGUGCCGGGUGCACCCCAAGUUUCGCCUGAUCGUCAUCGAGGAGAAGGAGGUGGUGUACAAGCACUUCCCCAUCCCGCUGAUCAACCGGCUGGAGAAGCACUACCUGGACAUCAGCACCGUGCUGGACAAGGGCCAGAGGGAGGCCAUGCAGGAGCUGGAGCGAUGGGUGCAGGAGUUCGCGGUGGUCAACACGGAGGAGCUCUACAUCGGUCAGCAGCAGUACAGCCCUGCAGACGCGUUUGUGGGCUACCAUGCCAACGCCUGCGCCUCGCUGGUGCUGCAGGGCACGCAGCGCCUGCGCCCGGCCUGUGCCCCCGCCGAGCUCCUGCCCCGCGUCACCGAGCAGGCGCGGCUGGCCCUGCUCAACUGUGCCACCCCCGACGCCGUCAUCCGCCUCCGCAACUCCAUGGGGGAGUUCAUGGCGCACUCCCUGGCCCACACCUACUUCAGGCAGCAGCAGCACACCUCCUUCGCUGACUUCCUCAGUGCACACGUGGGUGCAGGGGCUGGGCCCCAGACCGCCUUCACCGAGGUCACCACCUUCUCACGGCUGCUCACCAGUGCUGAUGCUGCCUGCCUGGAGAGGGAGGUGCAGGGCAAGGCCCAGAGGCCCCAGAUCCUGUUCCUGCAGCAGUUUGACACGGAGUACUCCUUCCUGAAGUGCAUCCGCGAUUUCCUGGAUUCCACUUCAGGAAAUAAAGUCCUCAUUGUUCAGACAGACUUUGAAGAUGGCUCUAAGGAUGCCCAGCUCAUCACCUCAGCCAGAUACACUGUUGUCAAUGAGAUCAACAAGGUGGACCUGGGGGAGGUCUCUGUCUUUGUUUACUUUAUCAUGAAGCUUUCCCGGCUGGAAGGAGGAACAUCUUACAUGGGAUUCCAUGGAGGGCUGUGGCAGUCGGUGCACAUCGACGACCUCCGCAGGUCCAAGGACAUGAUCUCUGACUUGACAGUCCUGCAGAACCUCACCAUCAGCCAGGUGUUCUCUCAGGAUCCAGGUGCAACCAGAGCUGCAGCUCUGCCUGCCAAUGGAGAAGCACAGCAGGAGGAGGUGGAGGUUGGAGCACCAGUGCCAGGAGCAGAGCACCAUGAGGAUGAGAUCCUGGACACCACGGUGCUGCUGAGGACCUGUGUGCAGAGUGCUGUGGGCAUGCUGCGGGACCAGAACGAGGACCUGAGCCGGAGCAGGAGGCGAAUUGAGAUUCUGCUUGGCCUUUUCUCCAAAGAGGAUGAGCUGAAAGGUGUGUGCUGCAGGGAGUCCCUGGACAUUUGGGGACCACCAAAACAGUCAGAUGAGAUCCUGGACACCACGGUGCUGCUGAGGACCUGUGUGCAGAGUGCUGUGGGCAUGCUGCGGGACCAGAACGAGGACCUGAGCCGGAGCAGGAGGCGAAUUGAGAUUCUGCUUGGCCUUUUCUCCAAAGAGGAUGAGCUGAAAGCCUCUUUCCUGAAGAUAACCAAGGUUCGUCUCUCCAGCCUGUUGAAGAAGCAAGAAGAAAAUUCCCUUCACCCAAAAAACUGGGUGCUUCGGGAAGCUUCCAACCUCACUGCUCUGCAGGAGGCAGGUUCCUUCAGGCACACCCUGUGGAAGCGAGUGCAGAAGGUGGUCACUCCCUUCCUGGCUCUCCUGAUUGCUGUCAUAGACAGGAAUGGCAAUCUGGAGCUGCUGGUCAGGUCAGGAGCAAACUGGGUGACAAAGCUGUGGAUGUUCAUCUUCAAUGACACCAAAUUCCUGAGUGCAGGGAAGAACAGCCCUCAGCCAGAGAUAAUCGUGGUGCAGAACAACAUGAUGGUAUCUGCUGAUGCUGGGAAUGAGAUACCCUUCAGCUGGAGGAUAAAGGAGUAUCUGGAAGAGAUGUGGUUGGAGGCUCAGUACAUCCAAAACACUGAAGGCCAUGCUGAGAAGUUUGUGGAAUACUUCCAGAAAACUGCCCUGGGAAAAUUCAUCUCUGCUCUGACUGGGGAAGAAAGGCAGUUGCUCUUUGAGUGCUACAUCAGAGACUUUGUUGUCUUGACCAUUGGUGUGUCCUCCCAGGAGCAGCUGCAGUGUCUGCGUGCGGCGUUCCUGUCUUGGGUUAAGGAGUGGAUGGCAGAGUCCCCCUGGACAAAGGAGCUGGUGCCCUCCCUGCCCUGGGCCCACCUGGCACACAACCAGUUCAAGAGCCGCCUGCAGAACUUCUCCAGGAUCCUGGCUGUGUACCCCUGUGUGACUGGCUACCUCCUGACCCCACAUGAAUGCAGAAUUCCAUGCUCUGAGAUGGAUCUGGACGUGCUGGCUGCCAUGGCGUGUGCUGAGGAGCUAAAGAAUCUGGUGAGGACAGCCUCCCCCGAGCUCUGGCUGCAGAGAGUGAAGAACCUCCACAUGCCCAUUGAAUUCCUGUGCAAAGAGGAGGGUGCCCAGUGUAGGGGCAGCCACCGCCAUCAGCUGCUGAGGGAGCUCAG